AUGGAUAUACAGACCUUGCUGGACAAUCGUCAUGAUGAAGUAUCCUGUUCUGUGUGUAUGUGUACAUUCACUGAUCCAAAGCAGUUGCCUUGUUUGCACAGUUUCUGUCUUAACUGCCUAAACGGAAUUCAACGAACGAGCGGCCUCCAUGGCAAAAUUACAUGCCCCGAGUGCAGGAGACAGUUUCAAAUACCUGGAAACGGAAAUCCCAGCGAACUUCCCACCAAUGUUCGUAUCAACAGUUUGCUAGAUGUCUUGGCAAUUAAAGAGUGCAGCACAGCUAACGUGAAAUGCGAAAAUUGCGACAAGCGCAGCGCCCAGACCUUAUAUUGUUUCCAGUGUUGUUCUUUCUGGUGCGAGGAAUGUAUUUUGGGACAUAACAUAAUACGCACCAAUAAAGAACACAAAACUCUUGCACUGAAGCAUUUUCAGGAUCAAGACUUCGAGGCUGUGUUAAAGCGACCAGCAUUUUGCCAGAAGAAACACCAUGAAAAUGAAGAACUGAAAUUCUUUUGCAAUGGCUGUAAAGUCGCCAUUUGUAACACUUGCGCUGUAACGCUUCAUGAAGGUCAUGGUAAGAUGCCCUUGCAAGAAGCUACAGAUGCGCGCAAGAUACAGAUCAACUCCAUGAUUUCUUCCUUGAAAGACAAAAUGGUGGAAAAAAGAAAGGAAGUCGAACAAUUCAACCAAAAGAGCAUGGAAGUGCAAGCACAAGUAGCCGACGUAAAAAGCCAAGUGCAGACGAAUGUAGACCAAAUGAUUGCAAUCAUUGAAGCGAGGAAACAGAAUGUUUUUGAUGCGGUCGAUUAUGAAGCGAAAAUAUCACUUCAAUCACUUUCACAGAAAAAAGACGAAGUUGAAAAUCAAGUGAAAAUAAUUGAAUCAGCAAUUGAACAAGCUGAAUCUUUGAUGAAACGAAACUUUAGUACAGAAAUUCUUGGAUUCAGUGAAACAUUUGAUGCAAUCCUACAGGUACAGGGGACCCAAGGAAACCGUGACACUGAAUUUAUUCCUCGGUUUAGUUUCACUAAAAGUGAAAAACUGAUUAACGUGUUGAACAGUGAAGGUAUAGGUAAUGUAAAAACCGUUUUUAGCGAAUCUAAAGUGCAACAAUCAGGGGUUAAACGCACGGCAAGCAGUGAGGCAAUUGCUGGGAAUAAAAGGACAAAUGUUCGUGACAGUCCUCUUGAGGCUCAGGUACAGACUAAGCGUUACAUUCCUGUUCUGUCAUUUGGACGAGAAGGUGAGUCUGUUGGAAUGCUUAAAGAUCCCUGGGGGGUGGCAGUGAAUGACCAUGAUGAAAUUGCUGUGACUGAGCUCAAUAACGAAAGAGUUUCAGUGUUUAGUAGCGACGGUACCCACUUAAGAUCGUUUGGUAAAAGAGGUGAGAAUAAUGGUGAGUUAAAUGCACCUUCAGGGAUCGCUUUUGAUAGUCUUGGCAAUAUUGUAGUGACAGACUGUAAUAACCACAGGGUGCAAGUUUUUGAUACAAAUGGUAAGUUUCUUCGUAAGUUUGGUGAAUAUGGACUUCUUGAUCACCAGCUUAACUACCCUGAAGGUUUAUCAAUAAACGGCAACGGUGAUAUUAUUGUUGCUGAUAAAGGUAACAAAUUGAUCAAGAUCUUCUCUUCUAGUGGGGAGUAUAUACGAAAAUUUGGUGGAACAGGUUCUUUGGUCAAACCCUAUCACUGUAUCCAACACGGUCAGUAUUUUAUAGUCUCAGACUAUGGUGAUCAAUCUAUCAAAAUGUUUGAUAUCGAAGGAAAUAUUAUUUCUAAAUUUGGAAAACAGGGGGAAAAGGAUAGAAAGUUCAUUAAGCCCAGUUAUUUGUUAGUUAACAAACAAGGAUUGCUAAUGGUCUGUGAUUCAGGAAAUCACAGAGUUCAGGUAUUUGAACUGAGAGGAAAAUUUGUUACAAAAUUUGGAAGUAAAGGUAGCGAGAGAGGAGAGUUUAAUUUUCCUCCUUCUAUAGCAAGUCUUACUGAUGGGAGGAUAGUUGUGAGUGAUACGAAUAACCAUCGAAUCCAGAUAUUUGACCAAAUAUGA